UAGAAAAAAAAAAAAAUCGAAUCGAAAUUUUUUAUUUGACGAUCCUUUCUUCUUCUUCUUCUUCUUCUUCUUCUUCUUCUUCUUCAACUCGGUAUCAUCGACGACGACGACCAAAGCUUGAAUACGAUCUUUCUCAGCUGUAAUCUCAUUUAUUAAUAAGGAGUAAGCUAUGGGUUGUGCUGCUUCUCUUCCAGAGAGGAACUCUGGAACGUUAAGUGGUCUUAACAAUUCCGAGAAUGCUGUUUCAGCUGAUGCCAAAAAUCUACGUGUGAAGUUAGUUCUGCUAGGUGAUUCUGGUGUUGGUAAAAGCUGUAUUGUUCUUCGAUUUGUCCGUGGUCAGUUUGACGCUACAUCUAAGGUAACUGUUGGAGCCUCGUUCUUGUCCCAAACAAUAGCCUUGCAAGACUCUACCACAGUGAAGUUUGAAAUAUGGGAUACAGCUGGCCAAGAAAGGUAUUCUGCUCUUGCACCACUAUACUAUCGUGGAGCUGGGGUUGCUGUUAUUGUAUAUGAUAUAACAAGCCCUGAAUCAUUCAAGAAAGCACAGUAUUGGGUUAAGGAACUGCAAAAGCAUGGAAGCCCAGAUAUUGUAAUGGCUUUGGUUGGUAACAAAGCUGAUUUACAUGAAAAAAGAGAAGUACCAACCGAGGAUGGGAUGGAGCUUGCAGAGAAGAACGGAAUGUUCUUUAUUGAGACGUCAGCUAAGACAGCUGAUAACAUAAAUCAACUGUUUGAGGAAAUUGGCAAAAGGCUACCUCGUCCUACUCCUCCGUCAUGAUUGGAGUGUUGAAUCAUCCAAUCUCAUCUUCAGGGAAAGCAACAGUUAAAACCUGUUUCUGGACAACUAAUCGUUUCAUACUUUUAAAUGUAAUGUUUUAACAACAAUAUUUCUCUAUCUGUCAAGUGUGUUGUAUAAUGUGAAGAUUUGAGGUUGAUUGAUACUGGGGAAUAUAUUACAAACCUCAAAAGUGGAAACCCAAGUUAGAUUUA